AUGGCCUUGUCUCUCCGUAUCCUCUUCUUUGUUCUCAUUUCAAUCACUUCACGCGCUGCCGGCGAGAUCCGGUACUCGGAGAUCCGAUCCGAUGGUCGUCCCAUAAUCCCCUUCGAUGAAUUUGGGUUCACCCGCCGUGGCCAGCUUGAGCUCAACCUCACUCAAAUCUCCCUCUCCGGACCCGACUCGUCAACCCUUGACUUGUCCAAAGUUGGGUUCUUUCUAUGUACUCGUGAUUCGUGGAUCAACGUGCUGCAGCAAAUAGAGGAUGCGGAGAUUACGUGCGCCCUUCAGUCGGAAUCGAUUAAGAAAAUUUUAGUAUUCAGUCAACUGCCUAACCCUACUCCCACGAGCUUUAAUCUGCUGUACUCCGAAUCAAAUGCCGAUCAGUACUCCCUGGUGUUCGCUAAUUGCCUUCUGCAAGUUCAAGUGUCGAUGAAUGUACGGUCUGUGAUGUACAACUUGGAGAAUGGGAAGUCCAACCAACGGGAUUAUUUGUCGGCGGGAAAGACUAUUUUGCCCCGGGUUUAUUUCGUAUUCUUCAUAGUGUAUUUUGCUCUUACUGCGGUUUGGAUUUAUGUUUUGUACAAGAAGAGAUUGACUGUUUUUAAAAUUCACUUCUUUAUGCUUGCGGUAGUGAUCUUGAAAGCAUUGAAUUUGUUGUGUGAAGCGGAGGAUAAGUCCUAUAUUAAGCGAACCGGGUCAGCCCAUGGGUGGGAUGUGUUGUUUUACAUAUUCAGUUUUCUAAAGGGCAUUACACUGUUUACUUUGAUUGUUUUGAUUGGGACUGGGUGGUCGAUUUUGAAGCCUUAUUUGCAAGAUAAGGAAAAGAAAGUUUUGAUGAUAGUGAUUCCAUUACAAGUUGUUGCUAAUAUUGCACAGGUUGUGAUUGAUGAGACUGGGCCAUAUGGUCAAGAUUGGAUGACAUGGAAAAAGGUUUUUUUGCUUGUCGAUGUAGUUUGUUGUUGUGCUGUGCUUUUCCCGAUUGUUUGGUCGAUUAAGAACUUGCGUGAGGCAGCAAGGACGGACGGGAAGGCUGCUGUAAAUUUGUUGAAGUUAACUUUGUUUAGGCAGUACUACAUUGUGGUGAUAUGCUACAUUUACUUUACACGUGUUGCGGUUUAUGCACUGGAGACUAUCACGUCUUACAAAUAUCUUUGGACCAGCGUGGUGGCAGGGGAGUUGGUAACAUUGGCUUUCUAUGUGUUCACUGGUUACAAGUUCAAGCCUGAGCAGCACAAUCCCUAUUUUGCUAUUGAUGAUGAAGAAGAGGAGGCUGCAGCUGAGCAAUUGAAGCUAGAAGAUGAAUUUGAACUGUGA